CUGGCAGCAUGCAGAAUCCGGCACGAACUCGCUCUGGAAUCGUGGCACUCCGCACUGCUGCAGGGGGGGCAAGUUCUUUUUUCUUACUGAAUCCGUGAACUGUUUAAGCUUCCAUCGACCUAAGCUUCAUCUUUUAUGAUAAGAAUGCCGUAAUCCUGCUGAGGCAUCUUUCUUGCAGAGGUGUUAAUAUGUGGUGGGAUGAUAGUUGGGAAAUAUAAAUGUAUUGGGAAUGUUGUAAUAUGCUUGAUUUCCUUGUUUUUAAAGAAAGGGCUCAUCUGCUCUUAAAAUAGGACUCAGCUACUUUGGGUUAGGUGUAGAUUGUCAUGCCUGUACUUAUUUACUUUAGGGCAAGACUUCCUGUUAUUCCCUCAUUGGAAUGGAGAUUUCUUCCCAUCAGUUUCACCUCCUAGAGCAGCUAAAUGAACAACGGAAGCAAGAUUUGUUUUGUGACUGCAAUAUCCUGGUUGAGGGGAAAGUCUUCAAAGCACAUCGAAAUGUGUUGUUUGCUAGCAGUGGAUAUUUCAAAAUGCUCCUUUCACAGAGUUCAAAAGACACCAGUCAGCCAACAAUAGCUACUUUUGAGGUCUUCUCUCCAGAGACAUUUAUGGUUAUCCUGGACUUUGUAUAUUCAGGCAUAUUGUCUUUAACUGGUCAAAAUGUGAUUGAAGUAAUGUCUGCUGCUAGCUAUCUGCAGAUGACAGAUAUUCUUAAUGUCUGUAAGACAUUCAUUAAAUCCUCACUGGACAUUAACGAAAAGGAAAAGGAUCAUUACCUUAGCCUUUCGGCCAAACGUAUGAACAAUGAAUCUGCUCACCCAUCUCUUUAUCGGUCAAGAAGGAAAGCAAAGAGCAACCCAACACGUUCCCAUGUAAUUCCAGAUGAAAAGGCAAGUAUGGUGAAUGAAAAUUCCUGGAGUAAUUACAACAGCUAUCUGUCUUCACAGAUAAGUCUUCAACGGCCAGAAACACAGCUAUCAAAAAGAGGCCGAAAAUUGGUCCCAACAAGAAAGCGCCGAAAACAUCUAGGACUGUCACAGACACGUGAUUGUGUGCAGUAUAAAUCAGACAAAACUGAGCAGACUAGCGGAGGUUGUAACGCAUCAGAUUCUAGCCACAUCUCUCGGGCAAGAGAGGAAAUUCAAUUUGAUGCUGAGAAUGAUGUUGAUCAUGAUGAUUAUGGAUAUAAUCAAGAACCAGAAGUUAUACCAAAGAGGUGGUCUGUUGCUCAGCUAGAACAAGAACUUUCAAGAACUUCUUCUGAGUUAAUGGAAUUAAAAGCAGAUGAGCUGUACACCUCAAUGCCCACAAUUUUAGGUGUAAUGAGUAGUUGGAAUGAAGAUGAUCUACCUCGAAUGCGAUUCAAGUGCCCCUUCUGCACGCACACAGUGAAACGGAGGGCCGACCUAAAGCGUCAUCUUCGGUGUCACACAGGGGAGCGACCAUACCCAUGUGAAGCAUGUGGGAAAAGAUUCACCCGACUAGAGCAUUUACGUAGCCACUUCCAAACAAUACAUCAAGCUGGCAAACUAAUAUGCAGAAAGUGCAAGCGUCAUGUAACUGACCUAACAGGAUGUGUGGUUCAGCAAGGAACAAGGCGCUACAGACUGUGCCACGAGUGUCUAGCAGAAGCUAGUUUUGACAGCGUCCCUGAUGAUCUGGAUGCAGAGCAUUCUCUUACCACCUAUCGAGGAAACAAACAUUCCAAAUGGGCUUUGGAGGAAGAACAGAAAUCAGAUGAAGAGACAAUGGAGGAGGAACCGUAUAAUUUGGUUAUCCAACACGUUGACGAUGAUAUUUCAGAUGAGGCAGAUGAAAAGGUGAAGCCAAAUCUUAGGUAGAUAUAUUUGUAUGUUUGUUACUGCUAUCUUUGAGAUUAAAUUACUUUAUGUCCUGACAACUAACACUGGUUUAUUAGUUUCCUUAAUAAACUUUAGUGAUAUUUAACUCUAUGAAGAACAAAAUAAGGUCUACAAACACACUGUUCUGUACUUAUGGACAUGCAACACUCUAACUACUUCUGGAUACUGGCCUAAAAUUACUUAGCGUUUGGAAACUAUUUAGAAGAAUUGCUUUAUAUUUAAUCAAAGACAUAUUCAGAGUACCUAUUCAUAAUGGCAAUGUGAACUAUUUUACAGUUCUAAAAUGAAGAUUCUAUACUAUAUAAAGAAAAAGCUACUAUUGAUAACUUGCUUUGAAAAAGUCUUACUAAAAUUAGCAGCUAAGAAAUGUAAUCCAAGUUUUUGUAGACACUGUAAUUAACAUGUAAAUACACUUAGGAAACUUCCUAAGAAAGGAGUAAAAAAAACCCCAAAAUUCUUCUAGCUGACUGAUCUGUUUACUAAAGCUCUGUUUUCUUGAGUGAACUUAACUGCUUCUUACAGUUCAGGAAAAGCGUGAAUAGUUUAAAAGAAUACACAAAGCCAUACAGAGUAGAAUAGCCAACAGAGCAGCUAUAAUGCAUUUGGCUAGCAUGAGUUUGCCUCUUCAAAUAUGCAGUGUUUCUGUACCGUGAAUUUUAAACAAAGUUGCACUAAUGUGGUUCCAAGGAAAUAAAAGUGCAAU